AUGUUACUCAAGCCCGCAACACCCCUCACCAUCUUACUGCUGGUCGCCUUUGCGCUCCUGCUACUGUCCUGCCUGUCCACCCCCAUCGUUAAGGGCAUUCCCCUCGCGACCUUCAACGAUGUCGACUACGGUGUCUUUGGCUACUGCCAGGCUGACAAGUGCACGAACAUCCAUGUGGGAUACACGAGCAAUGAUAUUAAUAACACCGGCGAUGAUUUCAACCUGCCGUCGAGUACCCGCAAGUCGCUGUCGGCGAUUCUGAUCGUGCAUCCCGUUGCUGCCUUCCUGACCCUGGUUUGCCUGUGCCUGGCCGCCGCCGCCCACUUCCAUGGCCCGUCCCAUUCGCCGCGCUUCUUGCUCGCUCUGCUCAUUCUCCUUCUGCCGACGCUCCUCGCGACGCUCCUCGCGUUUCUCGUCGAUAUUCUUCUCUUCGUUCCGCAUCUACAAUGGGGUGGCUGGAUUGUGCUGGCGGCGACCAUUAUCCACGUUUCCUGUGGUGUGGUGACCUGCGCCAUGCGCCGGACUCUGGUGAGCCGCAAGGCGCGGAAGCGUCGCAUUGCCGAGAACGCGGAGAUGAGUGGUGAGAACUACUACAAUCGCCAGAAUGCUGCUGCGCCAACCACACCGCCUGUCCCCCCAGUUCCCGUCGAAAACAAGGAGGCUAUUGUCUCCGGCUCGCCCACCUCGGAGUCGGGCCCUACAUUCGCGACCUUCCGUACGAACACACGCGACAGCGACGAUGAUCAGACACCUCUCAACUCACGCACUCCCGUCAAUGCCAUGAAUGAUGUGCCGGCUCCGCCAGACAACCAAUACCCCAGUCGUUAUGGAACCCCGUAUCGCGCCGCGGACGAGCCUGGUCUGCCUCCCCAAGGUCCUUAUGGCGCUAGUCCAAUGCGCAACCCUUCGGAUCCCCGAUUGCGCCAGCAAUACUCCGACGGUAGCAUGGGUUCGCGGCGUGGUGGUGGUCCGCCUGGAUUCGUUCCCCGUGGCAGAGGAGGAUAUCCCCCUCGCGGCGGCUAUGGCCGUGGAGGUCCAUACGCUGGACCACCCCGGGGACCCCCUGGUGGCGCCCGAGGUGCCUACAUGGGCCCGAUGCCUCCUCGGGGCCGCGGAGGUAUGAUGCCUGGUCGUGGAGCGCCGCGCGGAGGUGGCGUUGGCGUUGGCUAUAUGCCUGGUCCUAACCGCAGCUUUGAUUCGUAUGGUCGACCAAUGGGCCCGGAAGAUGACAUGUAUGAGCCUCAAGGACAGGCGCCUGUUGGCCCGAUGCGCGAACCAUCCCCAGGUCCGAUUGGAAUGGCGGUCUCGCCCGAAACCGUAGGCCAAGCGAUCGAGAUGCAGCCUCAACCGCGACGUUACGAAGGACCUGAUUCCAGCAUGAGUGGGGACUCUAACCCGCAUGCCCUGUCUGUGGACGGCCAACACGCCCCACUGGAGAGCCCAACCAGUCUCUACAGUCGAACUGAAUCCUACGUCCCAGCUCGUGCCGGAUGGGGUGCUCCUGACCCCCGUGGACUCUCGCCCCGUCCAACUCCGUCGCCAGUCCAUGCGAAUGGCGGCACCGCCUACUACGAAGAUGUCGAUCCUCAAUUCGCGCGUCGCCCCUCGCCGCGACCGACCCCCAACCAGGCCUCCCGUCGGCCUUGA